AUGGAGAGAGAGAGGAAGAAGAGGAGUGAUGUUUGUGUGGAGGAGCAGCUGUCCUGCUGUGCUUUGUGUCAGGACGUCCUGAAGGAUCCAGUCUCUACCAGCUGUGGACACUGGUUCUGCAGACAGUGCAUCACCUCAUACUGGGACCAGUCUGCUACAUCAGGAGACUCCUCCUGUCCCCAGUGUGGACAAAGAUCCAGAACAAGAGCUGGACUGCAGACAGCCAGUCAGACCAGCACUGUACAAAUGGACGUUGGUCUGCAGGAGGUUUUAGAUGAACAUAAGAUCAGUCUGAAGAGGAGAUGUGAACGUGUGACUGAAGGAAGUGAUGAAACAGGAAGUCUUGAUGUCACAGAGGCCUCGGUGUACUCAGGAGUUUGUACAGAGAUCUUCAGAAGAGAGUGUGUGAUCUUCCAGAAAACAGUCUACUGCUUUGUUCAUCUGAGCGUUCAGGAGUUUCUGGCUGCAGUCUACCUGUUCCACUGUUUCACCAACAGGAAGACAGAGGUACUGGAGCACUUCCUGGGUACAGACUUCAGUCAAAGGGACUCAAAGCCAAAGUCUUUCCUCAAGAAGAUUUCUAAGUUUUUUGAAAAGAGUGAAGACCAUUACCCAUCUCUGGAUGAGUUCCUGAGCAGAGCCAUGGAGAAAUCCCUGGAGAGUGAAAAUGGUCACCUGGACCUGUUUGUUCGCUUCCUUCAUGGCCUCUCUCUGGAGUCCAACCACAGACUGUUAGGAGGUCUGCUGGGUCGGACAGACAACAGUCCAGAAAUCAUACAGAGAGCCAUCAACAACCUGAAGAAGAUGAACACGUACAAGAUCUCUCCUGACAGAAGCAUCAACAUCUUCCACUGUCUGACGGAGAUGAACGACCCCUCAGUUCAUCAGGAGAUCCAAGAGUUCCUGAAGUCAGAGAACAGAUCAGAGAAGGAACUCUCUGUGAUCCACUGCUCAGCUCUGGCCUACAUGCUGCAGAUAUCAGAGGAGGUUCUGGAUGAGUUGGACCUGAAGAAGUACAACACAUCACGGGAGGGACGACGCAGACUGAUUCCAGCUGUGAGGAACUGCAGAAAGGCUCAACUUUCUGGCUGUGGACUCUCAGAGACUCACUGUGAAGUCGUGGCCUCAGCUCUGAAGUCCAACUCCUCCCAUCUGACAGAGCUGGACCUGAGUGACAACAGGGAGCUGAAGGAUUCAGGAGUGAAGCUGCUGUCUGCUGGACUGGAGAGUCCACACUGUAGACUGGAGGCUCUGAGAUUGAGGGGCUGCAGAUUGUCAGAGAUCAGCUGUGUUUCUCUAGCCUCAGCUCUGAAGUCCAGCCCCUCCCAUCUAACAGAGCUGGACCUGGGUGACAUUGACCUGCAGGAUUCAGGAGUGAAGCUGCUGUGUGAUUUUCUGGAGAGUCCACACUGUAGACUGAAGACUCUGAGAUUGGGGCGCUGCAGGUUGUCAGAGAUCAGCUGUGUUUCUCUGGCCUCAGCUCUGAAGUCCAACCCCUCCCAUCUGACAGAGCUGGAGCUGAACUACAAUGACCUGCAGGAUUCAGGAGUGAAGCUGCUGUGUGAUUUUCUGGAGAGUCCACACUGUAGACUGAAGACUCUGAGAUUGAGAGACUGCAGUUUGUCAGAGAUCAGCUGUGUUUCUCUGGCCUCAGCUCUGAAGUCCAACCCCUCCCAUCUGACAGAGCUGGACCUGAGCCUCAACAAGCUGCAGGAUUCAGGAGUGAAGCUGCUGUGUGAUUUUCUGGAGAGUCCACACUGUAGACUGAAGACUCUGAGAUUAAGUUACUGCAGGUUGUCAGAGAUCAGCUGUGUUUCUCUGGCCUCAGCUCUGAAGUCCAACCCCUCCCAUCUGACAGAGCUGGAGCUGAGCUUCAACAACCUGCAGGAUUCAGGAGUGAAGCUGCUGUGUGAUUUUCUGGAGAGUCCACACUGUAGACUGAAGACUCUGAGAUUGACUGGCUGCAGUUUGUCAGAGAUCAGCUGUGUUUCUCUGGCCUCAGCUCUGAAGUCCAACCCCUCCCAUCUGACAGAGCUGGACCUGAGCCUCAACAGGAACCUGCAGGAUUCAGGAGUGAAGCUGCUGUGUGAUUUUCUGGAGAGUCCACACUGUAGACUGAAGACUCUGAGAUUGAGGGGCUGCAGUUUGUCAGAGAUCAGCUGUGUUUGUCUGACCUCAGCUCUGAAGUCCAACCCCUCCCAUCUGACAGAGCUGGACCUGAGUGGAAACAAGCUGCAGGAUUCAGGAGUGAAGCUGCUGUCUGAUCUUGUGGAGAGUCCACACUGUAGACUGGAGACUCUGAGGUCAGUGGAUGUUGCAGUCAGUCAGUGUUGA